AUGUAUGUCAAAGUCGAGACCGAACGUUUAGCGUUCAUCAGAUUCAAUCAGCCAAAGCUACGAUCUGAGGACUAUAUACACUUGCGUGAUGCUAUUCAUUCAGAUGGUGAUGUUCAGAAUAUUGGACGACUGACGAUUCUCCCAUCAACUUAUAUCGGAAGCCCACGCCACAUGCACGAAUACGCUCAAGACGCUAUGACGUACGUGCGAAAUUAUGGAACUCCGGAUUUAUUUAUUACGGUCACAUGCAAUCCGAAGUGGACGGAAAUUGAACGCGAGUUGGAACCGGGUCAAAAACCGCAAGAUCGCCAUGACAUAAUCGCCAGAGUAUUUCAGCAAAAACUCAAGGUUAUGAUGGAUGUGCUUACUAAGUAUCGAGUUUUUGGUGACACACGUUGUUAUAUGUACUCGGUGGAAUGGCAGAAGCGUGGACUACCGCAUGCUCAUAUCCUAAUUUGGUUGCUGAACAAAUUACAUUCAAAUGAAGUGGAUGACAUCAUAUCAGCUGAAAUUCCUGAUCCAGUCACUGAUCCCCGUCUACACGACAUUGUGACGACACAGAUGGUGCAUGGACCGUGCGGUGCAUUAAAUCCAUUAUCGCCUUGCAUGGCUGAUGGAAAGUGCACAAAACGAUAUCCGCGACCGUUAGUUGCUGAAACAGUCACAGGAACGAUGGAUAUCCAGUUUAUCGUCGGCGUUCAAAAGAAGAUAACGGUCGAACUAUCAAAGUUAAAGUUCAAAAUCAAGAGAUUGAGAUCGGAAAUGAAUUCAUUGUACCAUAUUGCCCGCUGCUAUCACGAAUUUUCGAAACACAUGCAAACGUUGAGAGUUGUCAUUCGGCCAAAUCAAUCAAAUAUUUGUGCAAUUGUACAUUUAGCAGUGCAUUUGGAAAAUGGCCAAAGAGUUUACUUCACUGAGGCUAAUGCGGCACAACGAGCUGAGAGACCACCAUCGACAACAUUGACUAGCUUCUUUGCAAUGUGUGAAGCAGAUCCAUUCGCAGCGACGCUGAUGUACGUUGAAAUGCCCAAGUAUUACACUUGGAAUCAAUCAACAAAGAAAUUCCAACGUCGCAAACAAGGAACCCCAGUUCCAGACUGGCCACAGGUGUUUUCAACUGAUGCACUAGGUCGUAUUAAUGUACGUGGACCGAAAUCAUUUGCGCAUUUGAAAACUGUGAAUGGCCACCAAUGCCAAACAUAUCGAGAAGCAUGUCAACUAUUGGGUUUGCUGGAGAACGAUUCUCAUUGGGAUUUAACACUUGCAGAUUCAGUUGUUUCAUCAAAUGCGUACCAAAUACGAACGCUGUUCGCAAUUAUCAUCACCACAUGUUUUCCUUCACAACCAAUUCAGUUAUGGAACAAAUACAAAGACGCCAUAUGUGAAGAUAUCUUGCAUCGCUUGCGUAUUCAAACGAAUAAUCCUGACAUACAAAUAACCGAUGAAAUCUACAAUGAAGGAUUGAUUCUGAUUGAGGAUCAAUGCUUGACUAUUGCAAACAAGCUACUGAUUGAAGUAGGAAUGAUUGCGCCAAAUCGAUCGAUGCACGAUGCAUUCAACCAAGAAUUAAAUCGAGAGCUGCAAUACAAUGUUGAUACAUUGCAGGAAUUCGUUAGAAAUAAUGUUCCGUUGCUGAAUGAACAGCAAAAACAAGUAUACAAAACAUUAAUGCAAGCGGUGGACAAUAAUACUGGUGGUCUAUUCUUCCUGGAUGCACCUGGAGGAACAGGGAAAACAUUUGUCAUUUCAUUGAUUUUGGCCACUAUUCGAUCAAGAUGUGACAUAGCUUUGGCGUUAGCAUCAUCUGAAAUUGCGGCGACUCUUCUAGAUGGCGGUCGUACUGCACAUUCUGCGCUUAAGUUGCCACUCAAUUUAAACACAAUUGAUACUCCAACGUGCAAUAUUUCCCGAUCCAGUGCAAUGGGAAAAUUGUUAAUGCAAUGCAAGCUCAUUGUUUGGAUGAGUGCACAAUGCACAUAA